AUGAGUCGACGCCACAGCAAUAAGUCGUCGGCACCUCCGGCGGUGACACCUGCACGUCCAUGGACCCGCGUGCCAAAGCUCGUGGUGUUUGACUUGGACUUCACGCUGUGGUAUCCUGAGAUGUACGAACUGGCUGGCGCCCCGUUCCGUCGCAGCGCCAAGGGUGUGGUCAGUGCACGCGACGGCGAGGAAGUACACUUGUUCGACGCUGUCCAUCCAGUGCUCCACGAGAUCGCGUUUGGGGUCGAGUUUGUAGAGACACAAGUGGCCGUGGCGUCUCGGACGACAUACCCGGACUGGGCUCGUGAAUGCAUGAACUUGAUCAUGGUUCAGUUCAAGGAGUUGACCGAAGCGGAGAAAGCAGUUCAGCGCCGAAAACGUCUCAACGCCGAGGGAGAAACACUGGCCAACCUGGUCGAGUACCAAGCCAUCUACCCGACCAACAAGCACGUGCACUUCAAGCAACUGGCGGACGACAGCGGAGUGGCCUAUAGCGACAUGCUGUUCUUUGACAACGAAUAUGGCAACAUUCGAGAUAUAUCAGCCAUGGGCGUGUCAUCUGUGUACUGUCCUGAUGGGCUCACGUGGGAAGUAUGGGAGCAAGGGAUGACUGCGUUCCAAACCAAGUAA